CAACGUGAAUUGUCUUGGGAACGAAGACAAACUUGUCCAUUGUACUCAUGCAGGAUGGGGCGUUGAAAAUUGCUCUCCUUACGAACAUGUAAAGAUUAAAUGCAAUAAUGCGGAUGAAGGAGACUUGCGAAAUUCUUCAGGUCAACUCGAAAUAAUGCACAACAACGAAUGGGGAACAGUUUGUAAGGAAAACUUUGACGAUAUCGAUGCUCGUGUGGCUUGCAGACAGCUUGGUUUCAGAAAUGGAAAUGUUCUAGAAAAUACAAAAACGGGUGGUAAUUUAAAAGUAUGGUUGUCCAAUGUGAGAUGCUAUGGAGGAGAAAACAAAUUAACUGAUUGUUCACAUAGUGAUUGGGGAUCACACCACUGCAGCCAUGACAAAGUUGUUGGAAUUCGUUGUGGUGAAGGACAAGGUGAUGUACGUAUCAAUUCUGGCAGACUUGAGAUAUAUUAUAACGGAACAUGGGGAACAGUUUGUAAUGCCAGUAUUGGCGAUGAAGAAGCCACUGUUGCUUGUAGGCAACUUGGAUACAACAGUGGAAAAUCCUUGGGCAUAGGGGUAGACGAUGGAACUGGUAUAAUAUGGGUCCAUACUGUGUAUUGCAACGGGAAUGAACGUAGAUUGGUUGAUUGUAGUAUAAACUUUAACAAGUUUGAUGGUAGUAGGUCAUAUUGUCGUCAUACAAGAGAUGUGGGAAUCGAAUGUUUUAGCGCAUAUGAAGGCCAUGUACGUAUCAAGUCAAGUGGGGGACUUGAAAUAUUUCAUGACAACGAAUGGGGAGCAGUUUGUAAGGAAGGCUUUGACGACACUGAUGCUUCAGUUGCCUGCCGACAGCUUGGAUACAGAGGAAAUAAAGUUUCAAAACGUAUAGUACAGUCAGUAAACUUUAAUGACUUUCUUUCACAAUUUGAGGCUCUUCCAAAUGCCGAUGUUGGUCCAAAUUCGCCUAGACGAAAGCAGACAUAG